AUGGCUCSCGGAAACGAUCAAGUCACCAAAGUCUUCUACCAUGGCAAAGCCGACGACUUUGUCAUCUUCAUCGACGACGUCGCCGCCGCCCAUCAGUGGCGCAAAGACCGCACCGUCCCUCUAGCACAGGUCGUGUCUGGCUGGAAGGUCUUUGUUACUCACAAGCAAGGAGCUCAAGGCAUCCUCGACGGCGCGAGCAAAGCCAUGCUCGAGAACGAAUUCGGCACAACUCGGGACGAGGAUGUGGUGCAACAGAUCUUGGAGAAGGGUGAAAUUCAGGAAACUACCAACCGCGAGCGCCAGGGUGAUCGCAACGUAAUGAACGGCGGUGGCUUCGUAAACACCUUCCAGGUUUAA